AUGAGAUUCUUCAUCAUCCUUCUUUUGGCUCUAUUGGCUGUCACUGCUCUCGGUAAGUCAAAAGUACGGUAAUAUAAAGCAUUUUUAUGAUAAAGCAAGGUUUCUUUGUGUAAGAUAUUAUUGUAACUAUGUUAAUCUGUAGGAGCCGCCCAUCACGGUAAGAAGCCAGUGCACAAGAAGCCAGCUCACCAUCCUCCAGCUCACAAAGGACCAUCCCACAAAGCCCCAGCCAAAGCCGGUACUAAAGCUCCAUCUGGAACUGGUGCUACUUCAGCUUCCAAGACUACUGGUGCUGCUGCGGCCGCUACUACCGCCAAGGCUUCUUAA